AUGCCGGCGCUUGAAACCCUACGUUUGGAGGAGGUGGGGGGGAUUACCGACCUGCCCGCCAGUCUCGGGCAGCUGCAGCGGCUGCGGCUCCUUUCAGUUACCUACUGCGACGAUUUAAGAUCACUCCCUACCUCCCUUUCCUGCCUGCCUUCCCUGACGGACCUUAUUCUCGCUGGCCUAACCCUCCACCAUCUGCCGGACGACGUCGGUUUCCUGCCACACCUACGCACGCUCGAGCUAGACGUCAAAACUCUCGCGCAUCUGCCUCACUCUAUAACCCUUGCCACUGCACUCAAGAAACUCACGCUGCAAAACUUCAGAGCUCUUCAAUCGCUACCCGAGGAUUUCGGGCAGCUGACUGUCCUGGAAACCCUGCGCUUAGUUAAGCUCCCGCAGCUUAGCAGCCUGCCUGCAUCGCUUGGUAACUUGACGAGCCUCAAAGAGCUGAAAAUAGCCGAGUGCAGCCUGCUGACGCAGCUUCCGGACUCCCUGAGUCAGCUAUCUUCCCUCGAGCUACUGCAAAUCAAUGACUGCUGCAAGCUGAGAUCGCUACCGCACGGCAUGGGGGAUGGCCUGCAUAGCCUGCGCAGACUGUAUCUACUCGACUGCACGGCUCUCGCCCACCUCCCUCCAUCCUUCUCCAGCCUCGUGUCCCUGCGAAUCCUAGCAAUCUGUGAAGCAACCAGCUUACGAGGCACGCUACCAGGCAGGCUGUCCCACUUGACAAGCCUCAAAGAGCUCUCUCUCUCCUCCCUGAAUGCCUCCCUCCCUGCCUUCGCCCGCACUCUCACCAGACUCGUGGUCGUCAGGUCCUCGCGAAUCAAGGCGCUGCCAGAGGAGAUCGGACGGCUGGGAGAGCUUGUUACACUCAAGCUCUUACAACUACCCAACCUGAAGUCGCUCCCUCGCUCGCUGUAUCAGCUGCCGCGGUUGAAAUAUCUGCAAGUGAGUUCCUGCAGCGCAUUGGAGUCGCUGUUUGGGGAUGAAGACCAGGGGGGUGCACGCACGGGGGACGCACGCGCGGGAGCCGCUGGGCAAGAGCGUGGGGGAAGAAUCGCUCGUCUGGGGCUAGCUGGUCACACGGGUAGCAGCAGAGCCGCUGGCAGCUGUGGGGGGUCCGGGGAGAGUGGUACGAGUGUGUUGCUGCCAUCCCUGGAGGUCCUUGAGCUUGCAGAGCUUCCCCUGCAGCACCUCGGUGCAUGGCUGGGCUGCUUCCCAUCGCUAACAAGCCUGCAAAUCCGCAACAUGGAUCGCCUCCAAUCGCUGCCACACUCCAUCUCUCGCCUCUCUCGCUUGCAGUCACUCGCGAUCAUGCAUGCCAAAAGCCUGCUAGCUCUACCGAAGACUAUAGGGAAGCUCUCAGUACUCACAUCCCUCUAUCUGAGCGGUCUCAUGGGCUUGACUGAGCUGCCCGAAUCAUUUGGGCAGCUGAAGAAGCUUCAGUCUCUUCAGAUUCACAACAGCCCGGGUCUAACGAGGCUUCCCGGGUCCUUCCCUGGCCUCUGCGGACUGCAGCGGUGUGCUUUGUCCAUUGGCUAUUAUUUUCCACUGCUGCACUGCAACCCACUAACUUCCCUAUUCCGCCCUAACCUUCUAGCAAAUGCCUCCACAUGCACCAUCAUCCGCCCCUCCACCAUCAUCCGCCCCUCCACCAUCAUCCGCCUCUCCACCAUCAUCCGCCCCUCCACCAUCAUCCGCCCCUCCACCAUCAUCCGCCCCUCCACCAUCAUCCGCCCCUCCACCAUCAUCCGCCCCUCCACCAUCAUCCGCCCCUCCACCAUCAUCCGCCCCUCCACCAUCAUGUUCCACUCCACCUCUCAGAGUUGCUCCUGA